GGAAGUUGAGGGGAGAGAAGGGGGGGGAAACAAAGAUUAGAAAGCUCGGCAGGGCUCUGGGGAAUGGCCAUAAGAAAAGGAGGAUAAGUCCAAUUUGUAUCCUCUUGGCUAGCCGCUGCCUCCCAGACAGGAAUCCAACAGGGCUUUUAGGGAUGCAGGUUCCAAGUGCUGGUGAUGCCGCUGUUGAAGGGCAGGUCCGGGAGGCCAUCCGGAAAGAUCUUCUGGCUGCUGACCUGAAACUGAGCUUCUUUGUCUCUGCUCUGCAAAGCUACAAGCGGGAUUCUGUCCUUCGGCCAUUUCCAGGACUCUACUCCACAGAAGAGAGCAAAGAUUUUGAGGCUUUGCUUGCAGAUGCAAAUGCAUUGGUGAGCUUGAAGGAGUUGCUUGAGUCCGCCCAUGGUGCAGACCAAAGGGCCUGGGAACUGCUGUGGUGGGUGCUGUCCUUCAAGGCCUUGCGGAUACAGAGCACCAGCAAGAAAGAGUAUACAAGGAUCCAAGAGCUGACAGGAGCACCCAGCGUCCCAGUCCCUGCGCCAGACUUCCUGUUUGAAAUCAUCUACUUCAAUCAGAUGAAUGCCACAUUCGAGGAGACCAAGGCGGGGAGAGACCUCAUCUAUGCAUCUCAUGGGAGCAACCUUGAGAGCUUCCACUCCAUUGUGCACAAUGGGCUACAGUGCCAUCUGAACAGGACCUCCUUGUUCGGGGAAGGCACGUACCUGACCAGUGACCUGAGCCUAGCUCUUCUCUACAGCCCCCACGGUCUGGGCUGGCAACGAAGUAUCAUGGGCCCGCUCCUGAGCUGCGUUGCUGUUUGUGAGAUCAUUGACCACCCGGAUGUGAAAUGCCAAGUGCAGAAGAAAGACUCUAAAGAAAUAGACAAGAAGAGAGCCAGAGUGAAGAACAGCGAAGGGGGCGAUGUCCCUCAGAGAUAUUUUGUUGUUACAAACAGUCAACUAAUUCGGGUGAAGUACUUGCUGGUGUAUUCACAGAAGCAGCGCCGGAGGUGAGUGC